CCAUCAGCAGCUUCAGUCGGAGUGACCGCCACUGCCAUCAGCAGCAUCAUCAUCAGCAACAGCAUCAUCAGCAACAUCAUCAUCAGCAGAAACAUCAUCAUCAGCAACAUCAUCAUCAGCAUCAUCAGCAACAUCAGCAGCAGCAUCACCAACAGCAUCAGCAACAUCAUCAUCAGCAGCAACAUCAUCAGCAACAUCAUCAUCAGCAGAAACAUCAUCAUCAGCAACAUCAUCAUCAGCAUCAUCAGCAACAUCAUCAGCAGCAGCAUCACCAACAGCAUCAGCAACAUCAUCAUCAGCAGCAACAUCAUCAGCAACAUCAUCAUCAGCAACAUCAGCAACAUCAUCAUCAGCAUCAUCAUCAGCAACAUCACCAUCAGCAAGCCCGCGCGCUGUCUUCACCGAUGCGGCUGGACGGGGAGUCGUGGGAGUCGUUGUCUGAGCGACUUUGCUUGGAGCUCCUCCACUUUCACAGCCUCCCGUACUCAGCGUGGAGCCCAGUGACACUUCACAGCGAUGUCAGCAUCUGGAGACGACCAUCGGAACACUUCCCAGGAUACCUCUACAAGACGCUGGGCCGGGUACCGGCGGCGCCGUCUGCCGUCGUCGAGAUGAUCCGUCCCGGGGAUCUGCGCCGGCGCUGGGACAGCAUCGUGACGGACAUGGAGGUCACGGAGGUCGCGGGCCCGGACACUUGCAUCGCACGCUACACGACGGCCGGCCAACUAUGGAACACCAUCGCCCCGCGCGAGUUCGUGGACCUCUCACACACGCCACUCAACAGGAGUCAUGGCUUACUCACCUGUGGCGUCAGCGUCGAUCUCCCCUCGACGCAGUCGCCAAAGCGGAGGCUCGUGCGCGGCUUCAACCACCCGUGCGGCUGGUUCUGCUGCGGUGCCGGUGAUGGUGGUGGCGGUGGUGGUGGUGAUGGCGGUGGUGGCGGUGAUGGUGGUGGUGGUGGCGGUGGCGGCGGUGGCGGUGGUGGCGGUGGCGGUGGCAGUGAUGGCGGUGGUGGCGGUGGUGGUGGCGGCGGUGGUGGCGGUGGUGGCGGUGGUGGUGACGGUGGUGGCGGUGGUGGUGGUGGCACCGUCUGCGAGCUGACUGGCUACGUGCACACCGACCUGCGAGGCCUCCUGCCGCGUGCCCUGGUGGACGCCGCGAUGGCGUCGGCGCUCGCCGGCUUCUACCGCGACCUGCGGAACGCCCUGCGCCACCGAGGAUGAGCGCGGCGACAGCGGCGCAAGCAACACAAGCACCACAUGCACCGACACUACCACCGCAAGCACUACCACCACCGUCACUACCACCAUCACUAUCACCAUCACUACCAUCACCAUCACUACCACCACAAUCACCGUCACUACCACCACCGUCACUACCACCACAAGCACCAUCACUACCACCACAACCACCAUCACUACCACCACCGUCACUACCACCACAAGCACCAUGACUACCACCACAACCACCGUCACUACAACCACCAUCACUACCACCACCGACACGACCACAACCACCAUCACUACCACCACCGACACGACCACAACCACCAUCACUACCACCACCGACACACAAUCACCACCACCAAAUCCACAACCACCAGCGCCACGUCUACCACCACCACCACCGUCUCUGAUACUGCUGCUGCUGCGUCGAUCGGUGUGACGACGACGACGACGUUGAUGUUGAUUAUGUCGAUGAUGAUGUUGAUGUUGACGAUGUAGAUGAUGAUGAUGACGAUGUAGAUGAUGAUGUUGAUGUUGACCAUGUAGAUGAUGAUGUUGACGAUGUAGAUGAUGAUGUUGAUGUUGACCAUGUAGAUGAUGAUGAUGACGAUGUAGAUGAUGAUGUUGAUGUUGACCAUGUAGAUGAUGAUGAUGACGUGAUGCGGCUGCCACUCCGAUUUCUCGCUGUAAACGUUGCCAGCUAUUUAAUGUAAAUUUUAUUAAUUUAAUUUCAUCUUUCACAAAUUAAAGUGGCCUUGGGUCCGGAUGAUCGCG